UUACUUUUCUAAAUUAUAUUUCAAUUCGUUCUAAAUUGUAAUAACAUUUUAAUGAAAAUAUAUGUGAAAGAGAAUGAGAAUCUAAAAAGAACUAUGUCUAGUCUUAUAUAUGCAAAUGCACAUAAACGGAUAGCCAUUGUAACUGAGCUGAUUUUUUCCUGUUCUUCAAAAUCGAGGUCAUAAAUCUUUUACUUUUACUAUGAUAAAAUAUGUUGAAUUGAUUAAAAAAUCUUCAGUUUAUACAUAACAUCUCAUAGAAGGAAUGUUAAUAUAUUGAACAAUAUAUUUAUUUUAAUAAAGAAAAGAGAAUCUAAACAAAUUAUUUAUGUAAAAGAAAAUUUGUCAAAGGAACUAUUUAAGAUUAUGAAGAUCUCCUAUAUUCAUAUUCAUAUUAUUUGUUUAUGACAUAGUAAAAAUGUCAUCUGGAUUGCUUUCUUCUACUUCACUAGGUAGCUAUGAGCUACCAAGUCCGAUAGGAGAUACAGUGGAAGAUAAUUCUAAUAAAUUUACAACAUAUCUGCAUCAACUUGCUGGUAUCAAUGAAAUGGAGGUUGAUGUGAUACUUAAAGAUCAUUCUUAUGCUCGUCCAUGGAAUUGGAAACCAGAAAAUAUUUAUGUUAAACCAAUAAAAAAAUUAUUUUUUCCAAAAAUUAAUUCAGUUAUACAAGAUGAAGAGAUUGAUGUAGAGAAAACUGAUGAUGAGCAGCAAGUUCCACCUUUAGAUUUAACAAGAACGCGACAUGUUAUGGAUGAAUUCCAGCGAUUAGCAAAUUUUGCAAGACCAGAUGAUAAUGAUGACUGGGAAGAAAAAAUAGACAAGUCAAUGUGGACAUCUUUACAAAGUCGAAUAUUUACUAAAGUCAUUAGAAUAUUGAACUCUGAGCGUCUUGCAAGAUUAGCAAAGUCAAAUGCUAUAGUAGAGCCAAUUUUUCGUCGUACAUCAAUAAAUACUACAGCAAGACGAUUUAGAGAAACUUUAGCAUCAGCUGGUUGGGAUUGGAGAUUAACUCAAUGGUUACAUGGUUUAUUAUUUGAUCAUCUUUCUCAAGAGUACUUAGCUAUUUAUCUUGACAUCUUACAAACAUUGAGAUUAAAAAUUCCACAACUUGUGGAUAAAAUGAUAACAGUACAACCAAAUAUUAAUGCAAAAAAUGGUUCAAUAACAUGGGAAACUCUAGGUUCUCUGUUAAAACGAACGUGGGAUCCAAUUGCUCCUACAUUAAACAAUAACAGGCUUAAGAAACUCCCAGGAAAUCCCAUUUUAAUAAUAGCUCCAUCCAGUAUUGGGUCCAGUAUUUCUUCUCGUCAACAUAAAUGGAUUACACAGUUAGGAGCAUUAGGAAUGGUUGUUAAUGUGCAUACACAUAUAGGAUUAGCAGCUAACAGAAUGACGAUGAUGGUAUGCAUUGAUCAACUAAUUCAAGCUAUGCGAGCUAAAAUACAGGAUAUUAAAAGUGAUUGUCCUGGCAGACCAAUAAUUCUUGUUGGUUUCAAUACUGGAGCAGCUUUGGCUUGUCAGGUGGCACAAAUGGAACAUGUAACUGCAGUAAUUUGCCUUGGUUUUCCUUUUUCUACUGUCGAAGGAAAACGAGGUUCACCCGAUGAUACGUUACUAGAUAUUCGUUGCCCUGUUAUGUUUAUUAUAGGACAAAAUGCUUCUUUAGUAAGACCUGAUGAUUUAGAAGAUCUUCGUGAAAAAAUGUUAGUUGAAACAAGUUUGGUAGUGAUUGGAACUGCAGAUGAUUAUCUACGAAUAUCGACUGCUAAGAAAAUAUCAGAGGGCAUUACACAAAGCAUGGUAGAUAGAUGUAUUUUAGAAGAAAUAGGUGAUUUUGUGGGAAGUAUUCUUUUGCAGCCACAUCCUUUACCUUUGAGAUCUAUAUCAGUAACAAAUUGUGAAAACAAAAACAACAAAAAGGAAAGUCGUAAAAGAAGAAAUUCAACCAGUAGCUCUGUUGAGAGCGAACCAAAUUCUCCUACUUUAAAAAUAUCUCGACCAAAUACACCAGUUUCUACAGUAUCUGUUGGAUCUAGUACAUCUUUAGCUCAAGUUACAAGAGCUGGAUCUUUUAGUACACAACCAACUCUAGUCACAGUGACUGGUCAACAUAUUAAUCAAAGUUCAACAAUAAGACGUAAAUCGCGAGUUAUUAGUAAUCCAAAAGCACAAUUUGUAGAACAUUUGAUAACUUCUAGAGUACCUGCACAAAAAAUUACAAAUUCAACAAGUGGUGGUAUAACUUUAAACAUUGGUUCUUUAGCAAGUCUAGCACCAAUUGGACCAAUACGUUUAGGUUCAUCUGUUGAUCAAACUAAUACAGUUAAGACAAUUAAUACAUCCAAAUCUUCAAUUGCAUCAAAUAAAAUUCCUAAAAUUAUAUCAUCGAAUAUACCACUUCAGAAUGUUCCUAAAAUGAAAGCUAUUGUUUCGACAAAUAAAACUUUUUCAAAAGUAAUAUCAAGCAAUUAUAGGCACACUAAUAUCAUCGAUAAAAAUGGUGAUACAAAACUGAUUAAUGUUUUGACAACAGGAAAUCAGUCAAGAAUAAAUCCUUUAAAUGCUGCAGGACAUAGUAAAUCUACGAAUGGAGAAAUAAACGGAGCAUUGUCGACAUUGUUACACAAUGGAAAAAGUUCUACUGCAACAAUAAAUGGUUCUCCUUCUUCCCGUAUAUCUUUAAGUUCAAGUAUAUUGUUAACACCUAACAUCUCUUCGACAACUAACACAGCAGCUACCACUUCAACUGUUACAAAAGCAAUGGAAAACAGAGAACCCUCCAAUAGUUCUCAACAUGUGGCACUUAAUCCUACUCAUAUAUGGGACAUACCUAAGAUCUCACAGUUAUCAUCACAAACAGUUUCUACGAACAAAGAUUCUAUAAGUACAAUAGCUGGAAAUACUACAGCAAUUAAUGAAAAUAUCCAAAGUACCAGAACUACAUCUUCAUCUGUAACAGUUCCAUUCACUUUUCAUAAAACUGGAAAUAAUGUAGCUAUGUCUAACCAAUUGAAAUUGUCUCAUAAUGUUACAAAAACAAUGCCAAAAAUUACACUAAAUACAAAUAACUUACAAAGAAUCCAGAAAGGAAGAUCACAAACAGCACUAAAGAAAAAUAUUGUUAAUGAUAUAGAUGAUGAUUUGGGAAAUAUAUUAGACAUACCAAUAAUAUUUGCAAAAGAUGAUGAUAGUUUAAAUAAUGUUGAGAAAGUAUACACAUCUCAAGCUGCAGAUUCUAAAGAAAAAUAUGUACCAAAAUUUAGUAAUACUACAAAAGUUGUUCUUAUAAGUAACAAGCACGACAAACUUCAACAUACUUCUAAUAAAUUUGUAACUCCUACGACACAAACUAUUAUAUGUCCCAAUGUUCCUGUGCAAAAUAUGAACCACGUAAUAUUACAAACGCAAUCACAAAGUUCAGUAAUAAAGACAAAAAGUAGACUUGGAUUACCUGCACAGAGCCGUUCGAAUCAACCUACUAUUAAGUACACUAAAAUUAUUUUAGCAAAAAGAAAUAAUACACAAUCUUCUCAAGUUGAUAAAAAUGAACAAGUUCUACUGUCGAAAACUUCUCAGAGAUUAAAUAAACCAAAAGUAUGUAUUUUUGAAAAAAAUGAUCAUAAAUAUGCUCCACCUCAAAUAAAAUAUCAAGAAAAUAGUUCUAAUGAUGUAAUUGAAAUUGAAGAUGCAAUAAAAACAAAUAUUAUAGAGAGGAAAUACGUUACAAUACCUGAAAUCGAUCUCACAUCUCCGACUAAAUGCAAUGAAAGAGAAACUUCGAAUGAACGUGAAGUAAAAUUUGAAAAUAAAGAACAUACCGAACAUGCUACAUUUAAUAGCAUUACAGGACUGGAAACAUAAGGUACCUUAGUAUAUCUUCAUAUUGUUAUGUACUUUAAGAAGAUUAUUGCUGUCUUUAAAGUAUGUUAAUAAAACAAAUGCCUGCCUCAAAAAAAUGCUAAUAAGAGAUAUACAUUUCAGUGGAUAUUGAAUAAAUAAAUAAGAAUAUAUAUAUAGUUUAA